AUGCAUAUUUUAAUACAUACCGUCAAGGAUAUAGUGAUGAAAUUUUAUCACGAUGAUAUAGCGCGUUUGAUUGCUGCAGCAGUGUUGUUAGUAUCCUUCAGUUGUACGUUUUACGUCAGUUUCAUCAUUGGCGUUGUUAUAUUGCUGUUUUUCAUCAAUGGUUGUACGGCAGCUGUGUUUGUGUUGAAUCAUAAGAACUCCUUCGGAAGAUGCCUGCAGAAAAUCAAAGAUUUUGUUGCUCCCAAUGAUAAACAGUAUUCGAAUAGCAACGGAUGCAGUGUUUGCGGCAAUGAACAAUGUUCAAGACAACACAAUCGCAACCAACCCCUACGGGCGACACCGUUGCCUCGCAUUGAUCGGUCGCUAGAUGAGGCCAUUGAUGCAUUCUUUACACAUAUAUUAGACAACUUUAUCCUUAUAUGGUACAACCGAGUGACCCCGGAUGAAGAUUUUGUGUACCAUUUAAAAUGCUCUUUACGCGAUGCAAUAUGUCGAUUAAUAGUGCGGGCGAAGCAAGUGGAUGCUGUUAGUGUGAUAAUGAACCGAUUGCUACCUGUAGUGUUUGUACACUACGAGAUUAUUGCUAAGAUGUUGCUGGUCGAUCGCGUUCCGAUGGAUAAGCUAGCGAAAACGUUCGUCAUCGAUGAGUAUCAAAUUCACCCGGCGGUACUGAACCGGGCAGCGGAACUAAACUAUCUCCGAGGGAUUGCAAAGGUGCUCAUUCCAAAACUUUUCACUGUAGAAAAUACGAGCAGCAAAAUUUUUUUCAAUCUCGUCAAGGAGCUGCUCACCUUUUGGGUGCUUUUGCCAGUACUGGACGUGAUCGCAGAUCCAAACCUUGUCAACUUGCUCAUAAUAUUUGCGACUGAUGAACGACGUACAAGGGACGCUUCACAUAAGAUAAAAAAUGUUGCGUCCAAUGGACGGUCGCCUUAUGAAAAAGUUAACAUGUUGGACGAUUUUGUUACCCGAAGUCUGGGAAAGAGUAAACAUCGUGGCACAGAGCUUGCAAUCCUCCCUCAUAAUACUCUCUAUCUCUGGCAAGACAAGGAAAAAUUGUACUAUUUUAUGCAGUUUUUAAUCAAGGAGGGAUCGGUGGAUUUACUACAGUUCUGUCUGGAUGUAGAUAAUCUGAACAAGGAAUUAGAAGACCCACAUAUAACAACUGAUCCGAGCAAGCUUUCAUCGUUGCAUCAGCAGUCGGAAAAUUUGCUCCGUAAGUAUCAUACGCUAGUAUUAACCGGAUCUGAUCUAGACCAUGGUGGCGCCACUACUCUUACGGAAGCUUACAAUCAGACACGGCAAAAACUUGAAGAAAAGUGGGUAAAAGAAUUUAGCAAAACAUCGGAAUAUUUUGCCUUAGUUUAUGGAGAGCGCGAAAUCAAGAAAUUCGCUAACAAAAGGGAGGGUGAAGGAACUAGCGGUGGUUCGGGGAUAAAGCUGAGUGCUAAAUUUAAGGAAGUGAUUCGUGGCGCUGUUGAUGGGGCCCCAAUCGAAGCUACUGAAUCUCCCACGGUGUGGGAUGCUUUAAAUGAUACUCAUCCUGGAAACAACAUUUAUAGCUCCGUCACGCAAAAACUUCGCAAGGAGAAAGGCCAAAGCUUGGAUGUUUUCAUGAAUACUUUUAUGCAUUCCAUCGAACAAAGCCCUGACGUAGGCGAAGACGUGGCACAGGAAAAUGAACCGGUUAGCAGGAAAAUAAAAUUGCCUGGCCAAAGUGUUGUGUUUGGGGAUUUGUUUGAGCUGAAAAAAUCAUCGAAAUACACCCAUACCACAACAUUGAUGUCACAUAGUGUUCGGGGACCUUCUCAGUGCUUUAUUUACAUACUGGUUAAAGUGCUGAAUGCUCCCCUGUUCGUCGUUCGACUGGUUCUAGCUUGUUGCGGCGUUUCGCGUCAAACUGUAGACACCUUAAUUAACGUUUUCGUAGUGAAGCUAAUUAGCAGUGGAUUAAAGGAAAAUCGGCUGGCAAAGCUUGUCAACAUUCUGCGGGAACACAUUUUCUUGCGAAAGCAGAUGGAACCAACACCUGCAACACUGCUGAGAAGACAACAGGAAGCCCGUAAGCGACUGCAGGACACUCGAAACGGUUUAGGCAAUGUAGCGGACGUGUUGCAGUCGCCAGUGCUUAACAAACAUCUUAUUUAUUGCUUAUUUGAUAUUGUGUUGUUGGAGAUGUUUCCGGAAAUGAAUGAACUAUUAUGUAACAAAUAGCCUUCGGCGAUGUUGAGCUGAAGCAAGUAUUGAUGAAA